AUGGCCAACAACGGCCUACCGGGCAAUGCUUUCACCAACAACAAUGGUCUCGCUGCGGCCAAGGCUGCUGCGCCAAUGUGGUGCAUGCCAUCGGGAACUUGCAUGCCCCCUGCUGCUGAAGACGGUCAAGGACACCAGACUAAUGGUGUCGAUGCGGACAACUGCAACAUUGGCAAGAAAGACACGGGGCACAAGAGCGACUGGGAGGGUAUCGUCGUUAGUUUCAGUGACAAUGGCGACAACAACUGGGUGCGUGACACCGUCAAAAUGGAGCAAGACGGCAAUCACAAGCAAAUAAAUUGGGGUGGUAUUAACGACACCUUUGACGGCUUGGGCGAUUGGCAAAUUUCCAGCAGAAAAACCGCGACCAUGGAAAGUUCUACUUUGGAAAGUUUCACCACUCUGUUCACCAAAACUGACGCCUGCCCGCCAAACUCGGAGAAUGACUUUCGAAACGGCGACUACCAGUUCUGGGCCAAGAACAACCUUCGCCAUGUCUCGGUUUUGAACCCAAGCUGGAACUGGGGCAAGGCCUCCUCGCCUGUAGAUAUUGAUCUCUGCACCUACUGA